AUGAAUGCGAAUUUGAGAUGGAGAUUAUGGGGCGGGAGACCGUACAUUUUGCUCAAUUUGUUAUGUGUUCAUCAGGACUUUCAACGAAUGGGAGUAGGGAAGGCACUUAUGGAAUGGGGAGUGAAGCUCGCGGAUGAAGUACAUUUGCCUGUUCAUAUUGAAGCCAGUCCGGCGGGAGUUUAUCUUUAUCGGAAAAUGGGCUUUCGAGAGGUAGAUGUCGCUGUAGUCAAAGCUGAGGAAUGGGAUGGUGGUUAUGAUCGAGAAUAUAUCGCGAUGGUUCGGGAUCCGUAUCAGGCCAACAAGUGA